AUGAGUCAAACCAGCACCUUGGACCGACUUUCAGCGCUCGACACCAACACCGUGUCUGAUGCCUUAGAUUUCCUCGGCCUCAAAGGAGCCACAUACGGCCUGCGACCACUCUGGGACUGUCCCAAGAUUGUAGGACGUGCCAGCACAGUGAAAGUAGGCCCCAAAAUUGAUGCUGCACCCACGACCCAUCUUCUCACUCCCGUCAUCGAUGCGGUAACGACGGAUGAUCGCAUUCUUGUCAUCUCUGGCGGCAUAGAUGGCGUCUCAUGCUGGGGAGAUAUUAUUGCCAAUGCAUCGAAACAGAAGCGUAUCCGUGGCACCGUUAUCGAUGGCAUGAGUCGUGACAUUGACGGCAGCCGUGAGGUCAGCUAUCCUGUUUACGGCCGUGGAGUUACCAUGAUCAGCGCGCGCAAUCGCUUAGUACAGGUCGACUCAGGCACACCACUGCAGGUGCGAGGCGUUACGGUCCAGCAAGAUGACUAUGUGAUCGCCGAUCGAUGCGGGACAGUGUUUGUCCCGGCUCAGCGCAUUGAGGAAGUCUUAGAACUUGGCGAGCGGAUCGACCGUCGUCAGGCCCGGAUGGUCGAGGCCGUUCGAGCUGGGCACCCCGUGUCUGAGGUUAUGCACGACAAGCAAUUUGAAGCAAUCCGCGAAAAUACACCGUCAUCAACAGUCGAGCCAGCCGCGCCAGCCUUCAAACGAAACCCCAAGCAACCUAGUGCCGAAGAUCAAGAGUUAGUAGCGCUGUUCGCCGAUUCAGAUACCCCUGGGGUCUCUGACGCGCUUGAUAAACUUGGCAUUCCUGGACAAGCAUUCGGUAUUAUGCCUUUGACAGAUUACAAAAAGGUCACCGUCGGGCCGGCCUUCACUGUUCGUUACAUACCCGCCAGCGAUCCACCAGGAAGUGUGGGUGAUUUCGUCGACGAGGUUGCCGUAGGUGAUGUCGUAGUCAUCGACAACGGCGGUCGUACAGAUUGUACUGUCUGGGGCGAUAUAAUGACUCAGUACGCCGGUUUACGAGAUAUUGCUGGAACUGUGAUCGACGGUGUGUGUCGCGAUGUGAACCGUGCUAUCGAUGACGACUACCCACUCUUCACCGCUGGACGUUGGAUGCGGACCGGCAAAGAUCGCGUUCAAGUGGGAGGUGUCAAUGAGUCGAUCGGCAUCGGCAAGGUUCGUGUCAGCCCUCGUGACAUCGUUGUUGCCGAUGCAAACGGUGUCGUUAUUGUUCCGCGAGAUCGAGCCCGUGAGGUGGCCGAAGUCGCACGAAGUAUAGAGAAGAGUGAAGCGGGCAUCCGGGCAAUGAUUGCUGGUGGUGCUACAAUCGCCGAGGCGCGAGAGAAGCUUGGUUACCACACUCUGCAGCGGAAGGGGUAA